UUCCCCGCCGCCUGAGGUUGACGCCGUGGAGAGGUGUCUACCCGCUUUUACAUUGUGCAAAACAAAGCGAAUUCUAUCAAAAAACUAGGGAAAUAUCACCAAGAUCAACGUAUCCUCUAGUAAAGUACAGCCUCUACCUUGACGUGCGACCAAGCAUCGGCUUACCUCUGGCUGACGUGCAAACACUUCCAAAAGGGAAAAAAAAUAACAAUUUCUUCUAGCUCCAUCGCCAUGGCAACAGAGGAGAAGAAACCAGACACUGAAGCCUCUAAAGCACAGUCUGCAUCAUCUGGCUCUGCCAGUCAGAGCAAGUCGGUACCAGUGAAGCCGAACUAUACACUGAAGUUCACGUUAGCUGGCCACACGAAAGCAGUCUCCUCAGUGAAGUUCAGUCCCAGUGGCGAGUGGUUAGCCAGCUCAUCGGCUGACAAGUUGAUAAAAAUAUGGGGGGCAUAUGAUGGAAAGUUUGAGAAGACAAUAGCUGGCCACAAGCUUGGAAUAUCCGAUGUAGCCUGGUCCUCUGACUCCAACCUACUGGUUUCUGCCUCUGAUGAUAAGACCCUGAAGAUCUGGGAUGUCAGCUCGGGCAAGUGUUUGAAGACGUUGAAAGGCCACAGCAACUACGUAUUCUGCUGCAACUUCAACCCCCAGUCCAACCUGAUCGUGUCUGGCUCGUUUGAUGAGAGUGUGCGUAUAUGGGACGUGAAAACAGGGAAGUGUUUGAAGACCCUGCCAGCACAUUCGGAUCCGGUUUCUGCUGUGCACUUCAACAGAGAUGGCUCUCUAAUUGUGUCCAGCAGCUAUGAUGGACUUUGUCGAAUUUGGGACACAGCGUCUGGCCAGUGUCUGAAAACACUCAUUGAUGAUGACAACCCACCCGUUUCUUUUGUGAAAUUCUCCCCCAACGGUAAAUACAUCCUGGCGGCGACGUUGGACAACACUCUCAAACUGUGGGACUACAGCAAAGGAAAGUGCUUGAAGACAUACACGGGGCACAAAAACGAGAAGUAUUGCAUAUUUGCCAACUUCUCAGUCACAGGUGGCAAGUGGAUCGUCUCUGGCUCCGAGGACAACAUGGUCUACAUUUGGAAUUUGCAGACCAAAGAGAUCGUACAGAAGUUACAGGGUCACACAGAUGUUGUCAUCGCCACUGCCUGCCACCCCACAGAAAACAUCAUUGCCUCAGCAGCGUUAGAAAACGACAAAACCAUCAAACUGUGGAAAAGCGACUGCUAAACUCCCAAGCGCCUCCUUCGCCUACUGGGAAGCACCAUCAUUUCCGACAGGCUUGUUUUAUUCUUCUUUUUUUUGGUAUGUUUUAAUUUUGGGCGGUAUAAAAGAAAAAAGGAACAAAAGAAGAAAUGACAGAAGAACUUUGGCAGAUGGCAUUCUGGUGUUUGCGUCAAGGUGCCAGAAGACCGCAUGAGCACACACUUGAAUCAGCCAGUGAUCGCACAACUUUCCUCUCCUAACACACCUGGUUAGCACCAUUAGCUCCUACACACACACACACACACACACACACACACACACACACACACACACACACACACACACACACACACACACACACACACACACACACACACACACACACAGAGCUCUCUAAAACCUGAUGCUGGUGCACUACAUUUAUCAUGCUGUGUUUUUUCCCACCUCUACAUAUUGGAGAGUGUUUUUUUUGUUUUUUUGCUUCUCCUUUUUUAUACUUAUUCCUGUUCAUACAUCUGUAUGGGUUGCACUUCUGGCGUUUUCCCCACCUUAAGCAGACCACCUUAUUCUCGUAGAUAAUGCCCUGCUUUCGCUCCAGGCAGCAAAUGAAGAAAACACAACUCUUGUCUAUACUCUGGACCUGCAGCAAGUCGCUUUCCAUGCACUAUGAUCUCAUGUAUGAUUUAGUCUUUGUUUUCUUUUCAGUGCAUGCACUGUACAAGUACAAAAUCCACUCACAGCAAACCACUUGACUCCCCAUCCUGAAGUGUUCUCUGUGUCAUGCCUGGUUUCUUCCAUCAGUGUUUUGGUAGUGCUCCCAUCAAGUGGUCUUUUUUGUUGUUGGUGUAUUUGUCUUCAAUUUGAGGAUGGGGAAGAUGUUUGAAGUGAUGUAAAACGUAUUUGUUGGAAAUCUCCCCAGUCACACGUACACCAGUAUAUUCAGCAGAAAUAUGUUAAAAUGUCAUAAAGAACAAGCCUAAAAAUGCACCCAGCCAACUGGUACUUACAGUGUAACAGCAUAUGAAGGGUGUCUAGCGUGUCUUAGUCAUUGUAAAUAUAGAAGGGCAUGAAAAUAAAGAUUUUUUUAAAA